AUUACCCAGUGGCCUCCUCGGUCUUGACACAUAUUUGCACAUGCGCAGAAUCUCUCCUGCGCCCUUGCCCACUCCUCAGCCCUCUCGUCUCUCAGGAAACGUGUGGACUACAAGUCCCGGAAUGCCUCGGGGACUUAGCUACUGCACGUGCGCGCACAGCUGCCCGCCGGAAGAAUCGAGCUUGGCUGUGUUUAUCUCGUUGGGGACUAAGGCGUCGGUUGGCGCGCAACGGGUUCUAGGCUGCAGGCAGCGCGAGGACCCGCGGCCCCGCCCCGGCUCGGCCUGGCAGGUAGCAGAGGCAGCAGGCCGUGCCGGGGGGGCAUGUUGCUGUAACCAGUGGUCCAGGGGAUGUUACGGUGGACAGUGCACCUGGAGGGCGGGCCCCGCAGGGUGAACCAUGCUGCAGUGGCUGUCGGGCAUCGGGUAUACUCCUUCGGGGGUUACUGCUCUGGUGAAGACUAUGAGACGCUGCGUCAGAUAGAUGUGCACAUUUUCAAUGCAGUGUCCUUGCGUUGGACAAAGCUGCCCCCCGUGAAGUCUGCCAUCCGCGGGCAAGCUCCUGUCGUACCCUACAUGCGCUAUGGACACUCAACCGUCCUCAUUGAUGACACAGUCCUCCUUUGGGGCGGGCGGAAUGACACCGAAGGGGCCUGCAAUGUGCUGUAUGCCUUUGACGUCAAUACUCACAAGUGGUUCACACCCCGAGUGUCAGGGACAGUUCCUGGGGCCCGGGAUGGACAUUCGGCCUGUGUCCUAGGCAAGAUCAUGUACAUUUUCGGGGGCUACGAGCAGCAGGCGGACUGCUUUUCCAAUGACAUUCACAAGCUAGAUACCAGCACCAUGACAUGGACUCUUAUCUGUACAAAGGGCAACCCUGCACGCUGGAGGGACUUCCACUCAGCCACAAUGCUGGGAAGUCACAUGUAUGUCUUUGGGGGCCGUGCCGACCGCUUUGGGCCAUUCCAUUCCAACAAUGAGAUUUACUGCAACCGCAUUCGAGUCUUUGACACCAGAACUGAGGCUUGGCUGGACUGUCCCCCGACUCCAGUGCUGCCUGAGGGGCGCCGGAGCCACUCGGCCUUUGGCUACAAUGGGGAGCUGUACAUCUUUGGUGGCUAUAAUGCAAGGCUGAACCGGCACUUCCAUGACCUCUGGAAGUUUAAUCCUGUGUCCUUUACCUGGAAAAAGAUUGAACCGAAGGGGAAGGGGCCAUGUCCCCGCCGGCGCCAGUGCUGCUGUAUUGUUGGUGACAAGAUUGUCCUCUUUGGGGGUACCAGUCCAUCUCCUGAGGAAGGCCUGGGAGAUGAAUUUGACCUUAUAGAUCAUUCUGACUUACACAUUUUGGACUUUAGCCCUAGUCUGAAGACUCUGUGCAAACUGGCCGUGAUUCAAUAUAACCUAGACCAGUCCUGUUUGCCUCAUGACAUCAGGUGGGAGCUGAAUGCCAUGACCACCAACAGCAAUAUAAGUCGCCCCAUCGUCUCCUCCCAUGGGUAGGAGGAAGUUUCUGCCACCUCCCCUCCUGAGCCUGCUGUCAUCUUCACUGCCCCUGCCCAUCUGUCACCCACCUGCUCCUUUGACCCCUGGACUUGGUAUACCUCCAUGUGGAGUUGUUGGGCGAGAGGUGUUCUCUGUGCUGUGAAUUCAGUGGGGAGCUGUAGCGGGGUGGGGGCCAGGUUCCUCCCCCCUUGGGCCGAGGGCCCCUUCCCCUUGGUGCUCUGUCCCCAUCCACCUCCUUUCAGCUGCUCCUGGGCCUCAGCUCUGCCCAGGGCCAGCCAGGUUCUGUUGGGAAGGGAAGGGAAUGGGGAGAAGGGAGAAGCAAGCAGUGUCUGAGCCUCAGGAGCUUCCCCCUCCCCCUUUGCCUAUCCCGUCCCCCUGCUUGAGCCUUGAGCCUUGACUGGGAGCUGAAAGGAGUUGCAGCUGUUGGCAUGAGACCUCCUUCUCCCCGUCUUGGGGAGGCGGGGACCAGCAGAUAAUCCCAUCCUUCCUUGAGCUGUCGCUGUACCCUGAAGCUCAGCCAGCUCAGAUUUUAUAAAAAUUAAUUAAAACCUCCAAA